CUGCUGUGGUAGAUGCCUUUGCGUAGCAGGCACCGCCUGGCCCCGACCAUGUCUGCUGUGCAUUAUAAGUUCUUCUCCAAGCUGAAGUACGAUAUAGUCACCUUCGACGGCCUCCACAUCUCCCUCUGCGACCUCAAGUGCCGGAUCAUGGGCCGUGAGAAGCUGAAGGCGGCCAACUGUGACCUGCAGAUCAGCAACGCCCAGACCGAAGAAGAAUACACAGAUGACAAUGCCCUGAUUCCUAAGAACUCAUCGGUGAUUGUCAGAAGAAUCCCUGUUGGAGGAGUUAAAGCUACCAGCAAAACAUCUGUUAGAAGUCGAACUGAGCCAGUGAGUGGAACAUCAAAAGCGAUUGGUGACUCUCCUGCAUCUAUUUCUGUGGCCCAGCUUACUAAGGUAUAUGAAUAUUCUCGUCAGAUACUUAAAAAAUAA